UAUUCCUGUAUUCUCAGAUUAGGCUAAUUUGGAAGCUUUUUUGAAGCUAAUAUAAAAUUCAGUCUUAAAACUUGCUAAAUAGCAAGUUCUGAAGUUUAGUGAACCUGCAUCGUCAUCAUGGAUAUUUAUAUGGAUCCCAGUCUUUCGACUGUUAAUAAAAUGCAACGUGAAUACUGGACUGCGAAACAGGUUUUGAAGAAGAAACUUGGUAAAGUAGAAGAUAGACAUGUAGUUGCUGGUGAUAACGAUAUAGACGCAAAACUUUCUCUUUAUGGUUCAAUUGUUGGAACAUGUGACAAGUUGUUAAAAGAGUUAGAAACUUAUCAUGCGUGCAUUUGUGCUCUGGCAAGAGAUGAAAAUCAACUAGGAAGAUUUCUGAAGGAUCAGGGAUCACAGGAUAAAACUCAAGCUGGAAAAAUGAUGUCAGCAGUUGGAAAAGCACUUUGCUUUUCUGCGCAACAAAGAUUGCUUUUACGCCAUCCAUUGGGCAGACUUCGCGAAGAUGUGGAGACAUUUCGUCAAAGAGCUAUCACUGAUACUGAUAUGUCUGUAAAGAAAAUGGAAGAGGAAAGAACACAUUACAGAGCAUCAUUAAUGUGGAUGCAAGACAUAUCUGGAAAACUUGAUCCGGAACAGUACAAGAAAUUAGAAAAAUUUCGAAAAGUACAAAACGAAGUGAGAAUAAAUAAAGAAAAAUUUGACCGAUUAAAAUGGGGUGUUUGCCAAAAAAUUGAUUUACUUUGUGCGUCGAGGAGCAAUUUGUUCUCGAACACAUUAGUACCAUACCAAGAUGAGAUGAUCAGUUUCUGGGAUAAGACUGCAAAAAACAUGAGCAGUGUUCUGGAGAGUUUUGAUGGCUAUCAACAUUAUGAAUUCAAACUGUUGAAAGAUUUAAAUCCUAUUCAGAUUCCGGAUUCAUCUGGCGAUGAAACAAAAUUAUCGAAAUCUGGCGAGAAUGAAGAGAAAGCUGACGAAAAAGGAGCUGAUUUGUUGAUUAACUUGAAUGCUCAAGAUACAGGAGGAAAUGGAGUGGAUGAUGACCUUUUGAACCCUUUUGAAGAUGCUUUAGAAGCACUUGAUCUUGGAGGUGCCGAAUCUUCUAAAAAAGCUGAUGAUGGAUCAAGCAUUUCUGAACUGCUUGGUGAUUUCAAUGAGACCGGAAAAGAGUCCAAAGAAGAAAUGGACCUGUGGAAUGAUUUAAUCGGUGGAGGAGAUCAAGACCAGAAAGGUGAAUUCGAAAAGCAAUGGCAAUCUGCUUUCGGUGAUUUUGAAUCAGCUUCUGCACCACCAAAUGAACCCACUUUAGAGCAACUUGAAAAAGAUAUGCUUGAUCUUAUAAAACCAGGAGAAAAACCACAGCAACCUAAUCAAAAUGAAACUGCAAAAGGGUUCCUGCCAUCCCAGCUCAUGGAUAUGGGAUUUGGUCAGUAUACAGGACUGCCAAGUGGAUUACCUCAUGGCAUGAUGUUUCCAGGUGGAAUACCACCUGGUCCGGGAGCAGUUUCAGCAAAUCAACAACAACUGUAUUUUCAGCAACAGCCACAACCACAAAUGCAGAUGAUACAUGGUAUGCCAAAUACUGGUAAUUUCAUGUCGAAUCAGCCAGCGCAUUAUACAGGUUCUAUGUUCAAUUCUGGCCAAAUGAAUCAAGGAGCAACAUCUAAUAUGUCCACAGCACCCGCUUCCAGAAUGCCGGAAAAAAAUAUGAAAGGAGACCCAAGUAAAGGUAAUAAGACUGCAUGGUACAAUUUAUUUUCAGAGCUGGAUCCACUACAGAAUCCAGAUUCUCUUGGUAGAAAAGAGGAAGAGAAAGCAAAUGACGAUGGUCGUGCUUGUUAAUGUUCAUAAAUGUUAUUAAUAUAUUUAAUAUUUUUUCAGUUAUAAAUUUUGUGUCUGAAAAAUUGGAAAGCACAUUGUUAUUUACAACAAUAUUUUCUUUUGAAUGCAUGUUAUUAUUUGACCAUUUGCACACCUCGAUGAGAUUAAAAAUUAAAACAUACAAAAAUUGAUACAAUAAUUUUUUUGCGGUAAGCACAGUACUGAGUUUUUUACUUCUUUGUUGAGGGUAUUGGUAUGUUAUAAAAUCAAAUCAGAUGAAUAUAAUGACUGAUUUUCGGUCAUUAUCAUAAUUUUUGCUUUUUCAACUCUAUUCUGUUGAUUGAAUAUUAUAUUCAUAUGAAUUAGGUUAACAAUGUCACUCGGCUUCCUGUGUGACUUCAACUAAUUAAUUAUACAUAUAUCAUCCAUAUGCCACAUUCUAUACUUUACUCCUGUCUCAUUUAUUCCAUUCAUCUGUUUGGAAUGAGUUUGCUAAUUUUUGUCUUCUUCUAAUGAAUAGAUUGUGUCAUAUUAAAACCAUCUCGCUUCUCACAUUCAACCAAGACUACUUUUUUGUUAAGUUUUGUUCUUUUUGAUUAUAUACAAAAUGUAGCACAUUCUUCUUCAAAUAAAAUAGAUUUAAAUACCAAAUUCAUUUAUAGCAGACAAGUCUAAAGAUUCCCUUUUUGCAUUCGAAUAUAUUUCUUUGUUUCUCGAGAGACGUUGAAAUCUCUGUGAUAUUAUCAUUGGUUUAGUACAUACUGCCAUGUGCAAUUUUUCCGUUUGAGGGCUAGUCCAAUUAACUUAUAUGCAGUAACAUUGGGCCAAGCAAUUUUUUAAUAUAUCUCUUUUUUCACUUCUAUCAUCUUUAAAACAAUGUACGGUAGUCUUUAUCGUCUUUGUCAGCUCUUUGUACCUAUGUCUUCAUUGAAAAAAUGGUUAAAUUGAUGUCAUAAUUAUCUUGAAAGCGAUGAGUUUGUUACAUAAGGUAAAUUUUGAUUAUUUAGGCAGAGAAAUAAUAAUGGUUUCAUACUAUUGUGGUUUUUUAACAUUUUCACAGCUGUAAAAUUGAUUGACAAUCGCUUUCAAAUAUUUUAUUUUAAAUUAUGUCAUUGUUUGUUUUACAUUCGAAAGAGCAUUUGUCAUUCUUUAAUUUGGUGAAAUACAACUCUAAUAUGACUGAUCCUAUACUAGUAGGCUAAUCUAGGCUUAUAGCAAUAUUAUUUUAGAGAUUGAAGUACCAGAUGUUUUGAGUUGCUUAUGUACUCUCAGGCCAGUAGUGCUACUCUUUUUGCUUCAUCUGUUUUGCAUCCAAUACGCGUUUAAAUCUUAAUUGUAGCGAUAUCAGUUUAGGGACGAUAGUGACGUCCAUGACUAUUGUAAAUUUAUUUAAUCAAUAUAUCAAUUGAUCGCUAUCAUGACUGAAUAAUUCUAUUUUAUCAUUUUUCUUAUAUUUAGAAUCAGUGAUAUUUAUACAAUAUCAUCUAGUCGUGUUAUUAUUGAUACUUUGUAUAAAUUAGUCCAUUUGCAUCUCGUCAACUAAAAUUGUGAUAUCAUUUUUCUUUGUGAUGUUCAUUUGUUUUAAUCUACUGUUGUGUAUUUUUUUGCUUUGUGUUCUGUUUAUAUGGUGCUAACGGUACUAAUAAAUAAUUUGAUUCUUGUAAAUAAAAUUGUUAAAUAUUGAAAGAUGUUGUAAGCAUAUCACCACAAGAAUGUCCGUUGAUUCUAUUGUAAUACCACCAUCAAAGAUUCAUCCUUUAAUUCCAGAAUAUAACUCCAUAUUAUGAUUACGGUAUUUCCAAUGUUUUUUGUUCGAAGCCUUUUUACUACAUGUUGCAUUUUGUUGUGCAAUUGCGUGGCAUUUUAUUAUUAGACACCUCUGAUCGUUUGUAGAAUCAUGUUGGAUGUGUUUGAUAAAUAACGGGCACACCGGUUAUUUUCGUUUGUUUGAAGCAAUUCUUAUUUUACAAUUGCAGUAGAGUUUUAAAUAUCUCGUUUUGUGUUAGAAUAUUACAACACUUCACUAGGUAGUGUAUAUCUGAAAUUAUUUAUCACAAUUCUGAAACAAUGUUUCAAUUGUAUAAAAUACUACUUUUUCGUUUUAUCAAUGAAUUUGCUUUUGGAAAUGUGUCUGAUAUUUAGUAUUUUGUUGAGCAAAUGGUAUUCAGUAAGCACAAAUUUUUUUUGUGCACAUCGUCAAAUGUCCCUGCUCAAUUGUGAUUAAUUCAAGGGGAUUGGAUUCCAUUACUAUAUAAAAGCUGGAAAUUAUUUUUCAUAAUUUCUAAAAUUCAGAAAAUAAUACAGUGACUAUAUUGAUUUAUGAAUAUUUAUUAUAAGCCACUCACUUAUAUGCUAGUUUUAUUUUAUUUCAAUGUGUGUAUCUUGUCCUCAAUUAAGAAGUUUAAUGCUAAAACUGUUUUGUUUUCUUGAAUAUAG